GUGUUUGAUGCAACUUGUUGAUGCUGAGCUUCAUGUAAAAAGUAACGGAACCGGGCCGUUCCGCGGCUGCAUGCCAGAAAGUUGUUUUUUAUAUACCUAAAAACAUUUAAACUGAUGAGUUUGAACGUAACUUUUGAAGUUUGGGAAAAGGCUGAAUUGUCCCCAACGUGAGGAGUAAACUUUAUUUAUGUGCGCGUCAUCAUGAGCUGCAAACUCAGGCCAGAUGAUAGAGGAAAACAGGCGGAGCGCAGAAUAAUGGAGACGGACUGAAACAGAUUAAAGAUGAACUUCGGCGUCCCUGCCAACUCGCUGCUGCUCCUCCGUGCCUGCGAUGAGGGGGACUAUGAAACAGCGCGGGGCCUCCUGGAGCCAGGGGCCCCCAGAGAGUGUGGCCGGCAGAGCAGGCUGCGCUCUGAAGCGGGCUCUGAGUGCGCGGCCCCGGACGCGGUGUCCCUGGUACCGGUGGACUGUACGGACGAGGAAGGAAACACCGGCCUGCAGUUCGCCUCUGCCAGCGGCCACGAGAACCUGGUCCGGUUCCUGCUGCGGAAGGGAGCCUCGGUGGACAGCCGCAACAACUACGGCUGGACUCCGCUGAUGCAGGCUGCGAGGUUCGGACACCUGACAGUUGCUCACAUCCUCCUGGAGAACGGGGCGGAGAUAAAUGGCCGCAACAGGUUAGGCGCCAGCGUCCUCUCCAUGGCGGCCCGUGGGGGCCACGUCCAUGUGGUCAAGCUGCUCCUGGAGAGCGGGGCCUACGUCGAUGACUUCGAUCACCUGGCCCUAGCUGCAGAGGCCAUCUCCAACGGCAACAACAACAACAGCUGCAGCAGCGUCUCUGGAUUUGGACCUGCUGAGGGCUGUCCAGGGGGAGCAGGAGGAGGCAGGGAUUUCAUGGACAUCACGGCCCUGAUGGUGGCGUCCCAGCAUGGUCACGAGGCCACUGUCCGCCUGCUGCUAGAGUGGGGCUCUGAUGUCAACUUUUCCCAGAAGACCACCGGCUGGGGACCGCUGAUGGCGGCCACGCUCAGCGGGAAGGAGGUGGUGGCCCAGCAGCUGGUGGAGCGGGGUGCCGACCCCGACCGGGUCAACGUUCUGUCCAAGACGGCUUUUGAACUAGCCAUGCAGAUGAAACAGAGAGACAUCAAGGCUUAUCUGGACCCCAUUACCACCGUCAGACCUCAGACAGACGAUGAGAGGAAAAGGCCAGACGUGUUCAGUGCUCUCAAACUGGGAAAUUCCCAGCUUGUGAAAGACAUUUUGGAGGAGGAUCCGGCUCAGGUGAAUUCCUCCAAUCAGGAUGGAGCGUCGCCCCUCAUGAUGGCGGCGGUGAGCGGGCAGUUGGAGGUGGUGCAGCUGAUGGUGGAGAAGAAAGCCGACGUAGACAAACAAGACUCUGUUCACGGCUGGACCGCGUUAAUGCAAGCGACGUAUCACGGCAAUAAAGACAUCGUCAAGUACCUGCUGAGUCAAGGCGCUGAUGUGAACCUGCAAGCUAAGAAUGGAUAUACGGCCUUUGAUUUGGUUAUGCUGCUCAAUGACCCAGACACUGAGCUGGUUCGUCUCUUAGCGUCGGUCUGCAUGCAAGUGGACAAGGACAAAUCCAAACAGCGAGGGAGAGUCUUUAUCAGCCGCUCCAAAAGCAGACAGUCCCUCAACAACAUCCCCGUCCCGCCUGAUGACAAGGGAGGCUUGAAGUCUUGGUGGAGCAGGAUGUCCAAUCGCUUCCGGAGGCUGAAGCUGACUCACACUCUGAGGCACGGCCUGUCGACCAAUCGUCUGGCUCCGUUUCCAGACGAUGCAGAAACUCCGCUGGAUUCUACAAUGAGGGCCGAGGCGAAGGCGGCCGCCAUGUCUAACGGUGCGCCGGCAGCUGCUGCUGCCCUGGGAGGGAACGACAUGAGCGCCGCUUGGGCAGGCAUGACCAAAGACGCUGCGGGACACUGCAGAACAUCCUCUGAAAAGGAAGACUUUCUAAUAACCACAAUGCUGAGGAGUGGUGCUCCUCUGACCCGGCUGCCAAACGAUAAACUGAAAGCUGUGAUUCCUCCUUUUUUGCCUCCGUCUAACUUUGAGCCGUGGAACUCCGACCGCUCCCAUUUCCUCCGAGAUGGAAAGAGCGAAGCUCCUCGCCUGCCGAUGCCUCCUCAGAGGAAGCUCAACAGCAGUGGGAACUCGGAUAUUACGUCCAUAAGUCGUGUCGUUAAUAGGUCCGUUAAGUUCCCGAGCAUCCCUAAAGGACCCUCCUCAUCCUCACCCUCUAAUUCUGGUCACUAUCACUCUCCUCACUCCUCUGGAGGAUCGAAUGGAGUAGCAGGGAUCAACCGGGAGUCUCACAACCGCUCAGGGGGCAGCGCAGACAGCGUUCUCUCUCAGAUAGCGGCCCAGCGGAAAAGAGCUGCUUGUCUGCUGGAGGGUAAGACCCAAAUAGCGGAGAAACAGCAGAACCCGCCUCCUGUGUCGGCUUCAUCCCCCGUCAGACUGCCUGACAUCCCGUCCAACCCCAGCCUGGUGGCCUCAGACCUCCACUCCAGAAGGAAGAUGGAGCUGAAAAAGAGAUCCCAGUCUGGGAACUCGUCCACCUCCAAGAGCACAUCGCCCACUUUAACCCCUUCUCCGUCUCCAACGCCAAAGAUCCCUCCAGGCCCGGGCGACUCUCUGUCGUCAGCAUCGUCUCACCCACGCUCCAAGAGCAGCGGGGGCUCCAGCAGCGGUACCAUCACAGACGAAGAUGAGCUUUCUAGCAUUUUGAAGAAACUGUCUCUUGAGAAAUAUCAGCCUAUAUUUGAGGAACAGGAGGUGGACAUGGAGGCGUUCCUGACGCUAACGGAUGGAGACCUGAGAGAGCUGGGGAUCAAAACCGACGGUCCCAGGCAGCAGAUCUUAGCCGCCAUAUCUGAACUCAACGCUGGAAAGGGUCGCGAAAGGCAGAUCCUUCAAGAGACGAUCCAUAACUUCCAGUCGUCGUUCGGUAGCAGCGCCAGUAACCCGAGGCCACCAGGCCAGUCUCGAUCUCCAUCAACUUGGAUGAGGCACCAGGUUCCUUCCCCCAGCAAACGAUAACCGCCUUGAUGCCCGACCUGCAUUAGGGGGAUUCCACAUUAAUGACUUUCUUCUAACGUGUAGAGGUUCCUGAACAGUAACGGAUAUUAGCAGACAUGUUUGGGGUGUCUUUAUAAUACACAGCUGGAAAAUGUCUCCUGUUAUGGACUAGGAAUCAAGGGAACGCUCACUGAUUUAACUGGAAACAGGAAAAGGGAACAAGUAGAAGUAUUAAGACAAAAUCCUGAGGUACACUUUUAAAGAACUGACCUUUGAAUGCAUAAUGCAACAAAUGUAUUAUAAAAGCAUCUUUUUUAGUAAAAAAUUGUGAUUGCAGAGAUAAAA